AUGGGUUCAGAGAACAAUAGAAAAUUUCCUGGAUUAUCGACAGCGAUGGAUAUCCUCAGAGAUAGCUCCUCGCAAGGACCAUGUCAUGAUGAAGUGAUAGUCUCUCUACAUGAUAACGAAUGUCGUGAUCAACUGGCAAGAAGUCCAUCUGCAGAUCAGAGCAUAGAUUCGAGAUUCGAAGAAGUAUGUCAUGUGCUUCUUGCAAUAUUCUCAUCCAAACCAAACAAAGAUCUUCAAACAGAAUUUUCGCUUUAUUUGAAACUAUUUGAAAUGAUCCUUGAUUACACACUGGUGAUUUUUUCCGAUGCCAGUGUUCCAGAAAAGGAUUACAAGAUAUCCGAGAUAAUCGAAAUGUUCCGCAUUAUCCAAGAGGAUAUAAUCAAUGAUGUGGUACAUAGAGGACCUUCAUGGUGGAAGGGAGAAGAGUAUUUGUCGAAUAAUGAAUACCAACCAGACAUAAGGAGGCGGCUAAAAUGGCUUAUACAGUUGAUCAAUGUGAUAUUUCACCUGCUCGUCAAGAUUAUACCAAGGAUUGGUCAAAUAAAAGUCCAAAAUUUGGAGAGAUUGACAAAUGACGUUAGAAAGAAAGAUCUCCUGAUCGUUGCUGAAUUAGUCGAGAAAAUGACGUGGCAAUUGGUGCGGGUAUCCGACGAAGUAUUGGUUCCAAUUAUAAUGAUACAUUGCGAUCACUCGACUUCACAUGCAACAGAUUCAACCAUAGCCGACGUCUUUGGAUUAUUGGGAAAUAUCAUUGACUUGUCACCCGUUGAAUUCCGUCGGGUAUCAGACUAUCAGCACGAAUGCAGCCGUCAGGACUGGAAAGUAUUGUUUGCCAGAAAAUUAGUGACGACUGGAUGUCUGCAUAUUGCAAUGCAGCAUCGAUCAAGCAUCACGCAAUUGCAAGAAUAUAUUGAAAGAGGUGGUAACCAUGGCUUGGUGAACGAAAUACCGAAUGUCACACUUUAUUAUGCCCAUCUUGAUAAAUUUAUUCUAGUCAUUAUACGAAUACUCGGUGGAUUUAUCGAAAGUGAUACUACUACCAGUUGUAACAAAAAUGCGAUGCCAGAUUCUUUGGCCUUUGCCAACCUUCCGUCAACACUUGUUGGUUUAUUGUCUAUACUCGCCUACGAAUCGUAUAGUAGAAGUAAUAUUUCUAUCGAUAUUAAUUUUGACUGUCAUACAGACAAAGCUGCUCUUGCUGUGUUGUUCGUUGAGCUGUCGUGCAAUGAUACACUGUUCAAGCAUACUGAUAUUUCGAGAUUGGAUUUAUAUGAUUGUAUAUUGAAAUUCAUAAGCAAUCGUGCAGCGCUAGAUUAUUUGCGAGGCAUUUCAGUCAUACAUUUGGUCUAUGUGUUCAUAACCAUUGAGACCGAAGCCAAAAAAGAAUCCGACUUUCGGCCAUCCUCGUAUUCCAAAUUACUUGCCGAAUUAUCAAACACAUUCUGCCAGUCAGAAGAACGCACCGCCGAGGUUGAACAACUGGUUUUUUCCUUGGACCAUGUGCUUCUACCUUGGUUAUGGCGUGCAUCCGAAGGCAGUUGGAGUCUGAACGACUUUGUGACUAAUUUGACUAUCAGGUGGCUCUUGUUCCAUUUUCGGGAUAGUCAACUAGUUGAAAUUACUUGUCUGAUUGGAAACGAGUAUUGGUUAACCAAUACGAGUUACUAUAACACCUGUGUUCGGUUGGGGAAACUGCUCUUUAAUAAUGCGUCUGUCGUAGAACUCAUUAUGUCCAUCUUCAGCAACUCAUCCAUCGUCGGUCAACAAGACGCAAAAAUAGUUCGACUCUUUGAAAUCAUUUCUUCUUUAACAAUCUGCCUCGUUCAUAGUUUUCGUAAAAAUAAAGCAGACGAGGAAGUACACUCGGCUCGUUUGCUGUACUUUUGGAAUGAUCUAAUACGUCUAACAAUCAGUCCAGGGGUUUUAGAAAAUCUCCCGUGUGAAUGGUUGCCGAAUAUCAAUAAUAUUUCACUUAUUCUUUAUAGCAACUUCGGAUGCCAUUCUCUUGGCUUCCAUUUAUACACCUCUAAUGUUAUUGAUCACACACUGGACUUACUCGAACGUAUGGAUGAGUCGGACAAGACAAACUUUAAUCAAACGACAAUAGACAAGACAAAAAUUCUUAUUGGCAUACUCCAUUUCUUAACAAUCUUCGCGACAUUUCCCGAUAACAAGGUUUUGUACGAGAUCCAGCAACACCCCUUAAUACUAUCGUCACUACGUAAAAGAAUAUUACAACGAACAAUGGAUGACGAGUAUGCAGACACCCUGAGUACAGAGUUGCUACUGGCAGUUAUUGGAUUGUUGUCAACUGCAACGCCAGUCGAUGCCGUAGUUGGGUGUCGCAUGAAUACAGUAAUCUUCCCGUCCUUAGCCGAGUUUGAUUUGUUCAUGAAAUUGUCGAAACGUGACACCAUGGCAAUAGUAGUACAUUUGUGUUUUAUUGUUAGUACGAGGUUCGAUAUCGAAACCAGAUAUAGAGACGAUCAGCAGAAGGUACUUCUGAUGAGAUUAUGGAGAUUACUAAGAGAAUUUGUCGUUACAAAGAUUAACGAUUGGCAUACGUGGUUCAUCCUCCCUUUGAUAGCCAAGAGUUUCGAAAGCAUACAGAAAUGUUGUGAAAGCAGUCGUGACAAAUAUCUUAUAGACAAUCGAUGGAAUCUGUUCAUGUUGAAAAGCUUACUCAGCUAUGCUGGAUUCAAAAGAACAGAUGAGUCAGCAGACGUUAGACGAAAAUCCCAGCUAUUACAAGGAUUUAUCAACUCUAACCCAUCAUGGUUGCAAGAGCUCUUUGUUGAAGAUUAUGUUUUGUUGCUAAUUUCAUUCAUUCAAGACAUCUGUCACGGAGCAUUUGACACGGAGCAAUUGCAAGCACUGCUAAGAGUGUUGCUGAAGCUCCAACGGAGAUCAGUACUCUCCAAAGCGAAUCAUGAGCGUACCGUCAAAUUAUUAGAGAUGUGGCUCCAGAAUCAGUCAGUGUCAAACGCAACGCCUAGAGCGAGAAACGCGUUCAAGCACCAAUUUCUGUUGACAAGAUCGAGUGACGGCUGUUAUUAUAGAUUACUUUCUUUGGGGUUAUCAGAGAAUUGCAUAGAUAAUCGUGUUGACAAGAUAAGAACACUAUUCGAAGAAUUUAGAGCCAAUAACUUUGUAAAUAGAAAUAUAAACGAGUAUUGUUAA